AUUUCAUCCCUAAGAUUGUAUGUAAAUGUGUGUGUGUGUAAUUCCAAAUCUUUGAAACUUCUGCGAUGCUCUGCUAACUCAUUAAUUAACUUUGCCUGCCAUUGUUUGCGAAUGCUAUUUAUUCUUGGCUUAUCACCGAGCCCAAAGUGCCCGUUGUGCACAACAAUAUUUGCCUGGCCCAGGCCCACAACCAAAAAGAAAACAAUACACAGGAAUGGCAAAAGACGCGGAGGGCAAUGAGUCGAAAUCGCAAAGUUUUAAUGAGCUAACGCAGAAAAUAUGAAGCUCUCAGACACCAUGGCGACGCCGAUUGAGGAAAAACUCGAUCAAAACUUGAAGGUGCGCUCUGGCAUGGUACAUGUUAGCGAUGGCAAGAGCAGGCCAGAACCACUUAGACUUAACUUAACAAUGGAAUUGUUGACCUUGCAAAAGUUGGAAAUUGUUACGCCAACAAGCUCACAGCACAAUGGACCCCCGAUGGAAUCCAAGGAGCGUAUGGUGCAAAUAACGAGACAGAAGCAAGGCGGCCUUGGCCUCAGCAUAAAAGGUGGCGCUGAACAUAAAUUGCCCAUAUUAAUAUCGCGUAUCUACAAGGAUCAGGCGGCGGACAUCACCGGCCAACUGUUUGUGGGCGAUGCCAUCAUCAAGGUGAACGGUGAAUAUAUCACAGCCUGUCCACACGACGAUGCGGUCAACAUACUGCGCAAUGCCGGCGACAUUGUUGUCCUCACAGUGAAACAUUACCGCGCCGCAACGCCCUUCCUGCAGAAGCAACUAACAAAAGACACGCCCGACUCGGACAACGAUGUCACAUGUGCCGAGCUGAAGGCCGACGAGGGAUACAAGUCAUCCGUAAAUAGCGGCACCAUAAGUCGCAGCUGCAGUCGGCCAAUGUCAAUUUGCUCGGAGCCCGAGAAACGUUGGACUGAUGUGGUGGCUGUGCCGCUAAUGAUGGCCUAUGUCACACGUUACAUCUAUGGCACGGACAAGCUGCGCCCGAAUGCAUUCGAGGUGCGUGGUCUGAAUGGUGUCACCACCGGGGUCAUACACUGUGAUGAGCUGGCGAUACUUAGCCAGUGGUUAAAACUAAUUACCGACAAUGUUGUGGGCCUUACACAUCUGCAGAUGAAACUUUACAAUCGCAAUUUUGCCGUGGGCGAACGCAUUGAGUACAUGGGCUGGGUCAAUGAGGGAGUUAUCAACAACAAUAUAUCAUGGCAGAGCUAUAAGCCUCGAUUUCUGCUGCUCAAAGGCACCGAAGUGAUGCUAUUCGAAACGCCUCCGCUGAAUGUGGCGGGUAUUAGCAAGGCUUUGGUGGUGUAUAAAGUUUAUCAAACAAUGUUUCGCAUUGUGAAGGAGUCGGAGACCGUGGAUAGCCGACAGCAUUGUUUUUUGUUGCAAAGUUCUGGACACGAGCCGCGUUAUUUGAGCGUGGAAACCCGCCAAGAGUUGCUGCGCAUCGAGAACAGUUGGAACGCCGCAAUUGUGACCAGCGUAAUCAAAUUGGGCCGCAAGACCUUUGCCGUUUCGCAUCAUGGCAAAAGCGGUGGCUUGACACUUGACUGGCAGGCGGGAUUCUCACUGACUGAGGGGGCCGACUCCGCUGUGGUCUGGCAGUAUAAGUUCUCACAGCUGCGCGGCUCCAGUGACGAUGGCAAAUCGAAAUUGAAGCUACAUUUCCAGGACAACGAGACGCGGGCAAUUGAGACAAAGGAAUUAGAGUGCCAGGUUCUGCAGAGUUUGCUAUUUUGUAUGCACGCGUUUCUCACCGCCAAAGUUGCUUCAGUGGAUCCCGCAUUUUUGAGCUCGAUACAGCAGACCUAAGCUAUCGAUAAUUGUCAUCAUAGCGCUAUCGAUAAUCUGAAAAUCAAAAAUUAAAUAUAUAGUAAGCUUAAAGAAAACUAAACAAUUUGUAUUUCAAAAAUACAAUUGAGAUCAAUAUGUUUAAGAUACAAAAGUUUGCAAGUAAGCCAGUUAUAGAUACUAAGUAAUUGCAGUAAUAAUUAGUUGAAUUUGAGUUACAUUUGAUAUAUGAAAUUAUUACAAAUAUAAACAAGAUGAAUGAAAAAAAGAAAACGUAGAACGAAUGAUAUACUUAAAGUGAAAUCUCUUGGUGCAACACAGUAAAUUUAAGCGUGCUCUAGGCUUCUUUCCUAUAUUCAAAAGUAAAAAUUAGUUAAAAACGUUGUAAUUGUAAACAAUUGAGUACGAGUACUUAAAUAUAUCUUAUAUACAUACAUAUAUAUGACGAACAAUUAACAAUUAGCUAUUAGCAAUUAUAUUAGUAAUAUUUAUACUUAUUGUCAAACUUGGGCUUUACACAAUUACUAAAAAACAAAUAACGAAAGCUGCAAAACAUCAACUGAUUCAACUGAUUAAUCGAAUUGAGUGAAAACUCUAGUUAUUUUGGUCAACUAAAAACAUUAUAAAUGGAAAUGGAAACCAUGUGCAUUAUAGUGAAAAUUUAAUUUUCAAUUUUAAUGAAAAUGCAAAUUCAAAUGAAAAUGCAAAUGAAAAUGAAAAUGCUAUUGUUAUUAUUGUAUUAUUACUAGAUAUUUAUUCUACAAAACUUUGCGCUUUUUCAAUUCAAUUCAAUUCAACCGAAUUAAAUCAAUUAUUUACUCAUUUAGUUUUAAGCAUUGUCAUUCGAAGCGCAUACAAAACAAAAACGAAAAAGUUCAAAUUACAUUAAACAUUCUCUCAUUAAUUUAGACUAAUCAAGUUACAUUUUAAACGACAAAUUUUAUCAUUGCACACACAUUGAAACAUUGAAAACAGCCACCGAAAUUCGCAUUCGCAAUUUACAUUCAUAUUUUAUUAGAUUUUACACCCACAUUAAAAGUCAGCCGAUAAUUUAAGUGAUUCUCCAUUGUAAAUAAACAAACCAACCAACAAAAAAGUAACCAAAACAUGAACCUAAAAAAAAAACAGAAACAAAAACAAAAACAAAAACAUGUCAUGCGUCAAUUCAAACGUGUCUUUCACACUCACACACUUAAACACACACACACACACACCCAGAACAAUUUGUUGCUUGUAUUCAUAAGGCAUUAGUCAUUGGAAUAAAUGGUUGAUUUAUUGUACUCAACUUAACUCAGCACAAAAUGUACUAAGACAGCCAUUAAUGCUUAAAUAUUGUUAGAUGUAAUCACACAGAUUAGUACUAGUUAUAGCCACUAGUACAUAAUCGUAUAUAAUCGGACUUGUACUUGUAGUUGUAGUAAUUACAGGUAUUUCCUUGCCAGCAGCAACAGUCAACGCAACUCAUCAACGCAAUCAUAUCAAUAAUAUCAAUUAUCAAGCCCACGUACUCACUUAUAGAUGUACAUACAUACUCAUAGAUACAUGCAUAUAUGUAUAUGUAUUUGAAUAUGAACAAGGACAAAGCUAAAUGUGACAGAAAAUUAAUGGAUUAAAUAUAUAUGUAGUAGCUAAUCGUAUACACAACAACAAGAUACACUAACUCGAUUUACUUUGGCUUGCCAAAGAUAAAAUAUCAUUGCAAUUAAUACUAAACUAUUAAAAUAUUAGAUCAAUAAUAAUCUAGCAAUCCUUAUAAGUUUACAACUUGUCCGUUAAAUGAGCUUUAUCAAUCCUGCAAUGAUAUUUUGAAAAAAAGACAUGCAUAAACACAAGCGAGAUAGUUGCAGAAGUAAAAGUUCAAAUUAAAAUAAUCAUUAAUAAUUUAAUUUCUUUUACCAUCAUUCGGGAACUUCUGUGACUACCCUCGCUUGCUUAAUUUCAGACAAACAUACAUAUACACAUACAAUAUUGAAUAUUUAUGUAGACUGCAAAUUUACAAGAAUACAAAAACCAGCGAAUAAACCUUGCAAAAAAACAAAAACAGAACUCUAAAGAAGCACCACAUAGCAACAAUGUAUAAAUACGAAAUAAAUAAAUAUUACGAGUAUAACAAAAGAAUAUAGAAAAAAUACCAACUACAUAUUUACAGAAUAUACUACAGUAUACCAACAGACAACAGACACAAAACAAACAAAGCUAUAUAUAUACUAUAUGAUAAAUAUACAUAUAUAAUAAUCCAAUAGAGCUCAUGAAACUAUUUAAAGGAUUUUACGAUGUAUUCAAGACUUAAUUUUCAUAUACAGAUCAGAUACUGUAUUAAUAGAUUUUGAAAUACUUCAGAACGAUUUAAAGUUUCGUAUGCAAAAGUCACAGACUGCAGUUAAAUUAAGAAGAUCCAUAAACGAUCCUGUAGGCUUUUGUAUUUAACCUCUCAAUCAAGGCACCUUAACACAGACCAAAAUACGUAAAUGCACCACAAAUAUUACCAAAUAUAACCAAAGGCAGUAAUAAUAAUGCAAAAUACUAUUUUUAAAUAAACAAUACAAAGUUAAGCCCCCUUGCAGAUUAUGUCCAAAUAAUUCUCCAAUAUUCACUAUUCUAUUCUCCAAUUUUAUUACAACAUCUCUCUAUAUUCUUCUUCAAUGAUAUCUGCAGGGGUUUGAAGCCCAAACCUUACACCAAAUACCAAAGUUUAACUGUGCAUACCAUAUAACUAAGUACAUAGAAUUUAUUGUAAUGUGUGUGUAUAUCAUAUAAGACAGAACAGCAAAUCAAACAUAAUGCUGAUCUAUUCAUUGCUUGUAUACCACUUAAAAUAACAAAAAGAAAGAUCAAGCUAUCUGCUUUAUAUCAAUAUCAAAGUAUCUUUAGCUGCGCAUUGUUAACGCAAUUAAUGUAACAAUAAAACAAGGAAUCAAACACAUCAGAUUCAUGUGCAUCUAACAUACGAUAAGCUUUAAGAAUGUACACUCAUAUAGCAUAUACUUAAUCCUAUGUUACAUAAAUGUCACACCAUCACUUUACCUAAGUUAAUACUUACGAUUCUUUUGCAGUUUUAUAAUUACCCGAAAAUUAUUAUAAUAAUGAAUGUAUUCGUUUCGAUAAUUGCGAAAAUCAAUAACCAAUAUUAUGAAUAAAACAAAUAAUG